AAAAAUUCCUAUUAUGUGUCAAAUUUUGAUUGGAAGUAACCUAUUACCUCUUUCACACAUAUUGUACACAUGAAACGUGUUCGAUCGUUGUUUUAUCUAUAAAUAUAAUGAGGUAAUCGGAUAUCUUUAACGCUGCUUCAAACGGCGAAGGAAAAUAGAAAGGCCAAGGAGUACUAGCUUCUGUUAUUUUUUCUUUCAUAUUUUCUUGGAGUCCAAACAUGGCUAAUAAUUUAGAGAUUAGAGCAGCAUUGGAGAUGGAAAGAGUGAACUACAACAACAACAACAACAAUAAUAAUAAUAAUAAUAAUCAUGAUAAGGUAGUGGAAGAAGGAGUUUGUUUGACAUGGGAGGACCUUUGGGUGACAGUUUCAAAAGGAAGGAAUAGCAGCAAAGCAAUCCUCCAAGGUCUUACUGGCCAUGCCAAACCAGGAGAGCUCAUGGCUAUAAUGGGUCCUUCUGGUUGUGGCAAAUCCACACUUCUUGAUGCUUUAGCAGGGAGAUUAAGCUCAAAGACAAGACAAAGUGGGGAUAUUUUAAUAAAUGGGCGCAAAGAAACACUAGCUUAUGGUACAUCGGCAUAUGUAACACAAGAUGAUACUCUAAUUACAACUCUAACGGUUAGCGAAGCCGUGUACUACUCAGCACAACUCCAAUUGCCGGAUUCAAUGUCCAAAUCCGAGAAGAAGGAGAGAGCAGAAAUGACAAUAAGAGAAAUGGGUCUUCAAGACGCCAUGAACACAAGGAUUGGAGGUUGGGGAUGUAAAGGACUUAGUGGUGGGCAAAAGAGGAGAGUGAGCAUUUGCAUUGAAAUCCUAACACAUCCAAAGCUUCUCUUCCUUGAUGAACCAACAAGUGGGCUUGACAGUGCAGCUUCUUACCACGUUAUGAGUGGAAUUGCAAGCUUGGAUCAAAGAGAUGGAAGUAGAAGAACUAUAAUUGCUUCUAUACAUCAACCAAGCAGUGAAGUCUUUCAACUCUUCAGCAGCCUUUGUCUUUUGUCUUCUGGUAAAACAGUGUAUUUUGGUCCUGCUGCUAGAGCAAAUGAGUUUUUCACUUUAUGUGGGUUUCCUUGCCCUACUCUUCAGAAUCCAUCAGAUCACUUCCUCAAAACCAUAAACAAGGAUUUUGAAAAGGAUAUUGAACAAGGAUCAGGUGGGGCAAUAUCCACAGAAGAAGUAAUCAAUACCCUGAUAAAAUCUUAUAAAGCAUCUGAAACUUACCAGCAAGUACGAAGAGAAAUAGCUGAAAUAUCUAAAAAGGAUUAUGGAGCUGUGGAGAAGGAGAGAAACCAUGCUAGCUUUCUUACACAGUCUGUUGUUCUUACAAGGAGAUCUUUCAUAAACAUGUUUCGUGAUCUUGGCUACUACUGGUUGCGCCUUGCAAUCUAUGUAGCCUUGUCUUUAGGAUUGGGAACCCUCUACUUAAAUGUCGGCUUUACUAAUGAAUCGAUUCAGGCAAGAGGUUCACUAAUCAUGUUUAUCGUUUCGUUCCUUACUUUCAUGGCCAUUGGUGGCUUUCCUUCCUUUGUCGAAGAUAUGAAGGUAUUUGAACGAGAAAGAUUAAAUGGGCACUAUGGAGCAGCUGCAUUUAUGAUGGGAAACACAUUUUCUGCUGUGCCAUACUUGCUAAUCAUUUCAGUGAUUCCUGGAUCACUAGCUUACUUUCUACCUGGACUUCAAGAAGGAAAUGAACACUUUUUCUACUUUUUCUGUGUGAUAUUUGCUUGCAUGAUGCUGGUUGAGAGCCUAAUGAUGAUUAUUGCAAGCCUUGUGCCCAAUUAUCUUAUGGGGAUUAUAGCCGGUGCUGGAGUUCAAGGUCUUAUGAUUUUAGGAGGCGGAUUUUUCCGGUUGCCAGGAGAUCUCCCAAAACAAUUUUGGAGAUACCCAUUGCACUACAUUGCAUUCCAUAGGUAUGCAUACCAAGGAAUGUUCAAAAAUGAGUUUGAAGGUUUAACUUUCCCUAACAAUCAAGUUGGAGGACGACCUACAAUAAGUGGAGAAGAAAUUUUGAGGAAUACAUGGCAAGUUAAUAUGGGUCACUCCAAGUGGGUUGAUCUUGGUAUUUUACUAGGAAUGAUAGCUUUCUAUAGGAUCUUGUUCUUGGUGAUCAUCAAGACUAGUGAGAAGCUCAAGACUGUUGAUCUAGGAAAGUUCAUGGCAAUUUCUCCUAAGCAAAGCAUACAGGUUAUAGAGAAUCCCAUUGCUACACCAAUGCAUGGAGAUCAGAUAAACAAUCACCAAUACUAGAUCAUAUAUAUAAAUUAGUAUUGUAGUAUAUUUAAAAUAACAAUGGAAGAUGUGUAUUAUUAGAGCAUCAGAGAAAGUGAAGUAUGUUGUUGAUUAUAAUUGGAGUGAGAUAGGAUGGUGCCCUUUCAGAGUUGAGUUAGACUUACAAUGUAUAUUAUAGACUAGGCACCAACUUUAUGUUUUCUUCCAAAAUUUGGAUAUCUAUGGAAUUUUGUUACUUUUCUUUUUA